UAGGGACAGUAUUAUCUGCGCCUCACACUUGGAUAUAUUAUCGUAAUGCUAAGAGAUAAAAAUUAAGAUAGCUGCUUAUGUGUGUUACCUGAAGUUCAAAUAACACAAUACCAUAACAUAAAUGUACACUGACAUAAAGGAUAAACAUGGCUAACUUUGGAAGUGAAGAUGACAUUGAGAUGCGGGAUGAAAGCAAACGAAUGCUAAGAGAAAUGAUAAUGUCAUACGGCGAUUCAAACGACGAUGGAAUAAUUCAAAAAGAUGAACUUGGGGAUUGCCUCGCAUUCAUUGGCAUUAAUAUUAUGGAUGAGGAGUCCAUGGAUGCUGUCAUAGAACACUUUGAUACAAAUGAAGAUGGCCACAUCAGCAUCGACGAAAUUGUUGACCAAUGGGAGGUUCUGCAAGUACACAGUCUCCAUAGUGACGAACUUCUUAAAAGUUUUAAAAAGAUAGACGCUAAUGGUGAUGGAUUUAUACGCUUGCCUGAACUUAAAGCAGUGCUUACCAAAAAGGGUAAAAACCAGUUCAGUGGCGAAGAGGCAUCCGCUGUAUUACAAAAACUCAUGAAAUAUGACGAAGACCAUGACGGCAAGUUCAGCUAUCCAGAAUUUGUGAAAAUGUUCUCUGAAGACGAAUUUCCAUUCAAAAGAAUAAAAGGACUAACAAAAAAGAAGUUACCUGAUGCAAAACAAAAACAAGAACAAUGAUGAUUCGUUCUUGGGCACUAUUAAAUUGACAGAAACAAAGAUUGUUCAUUGUCGAAAUAUUUAUUUGAAAUAUAUGGUACUGUAUUUAUGUAAUACUGUGC